AUGAUAGAGAACUCCACCGUCAUACCCUUCAAAUGGCACGCCAACGGUUUCCUGUGCUUCUACUGUGGCUGCCCCUUCACCGACUCUUCAGCUCUCAAGCACCACACCAAGACUGAACACGAGAACGCCAAACUCAAAACUAUCUUGAGAACCACUGUUGCGAAAAGCAGGAGCAUUAAACUCGAUGUGUCAGAGCUAGCUUGCAAGAAAUGCAGCGAACCUAUGCGCAGCUUACAACAGUUCUUCAUCCAUAUUAAACAACAUGGUUUUACAAUAAAUGAAGAGGCUUCACAUUGCUGCUAUCCAUUCAUUCUUACUGAUAAUGAUAUGUCCUGUCUUGAAUGUGGGAUGUCUUUUAGAUUUUUCGGCCCUCUUUUAAUUCACACACACAAAUAUCACACCAAAACUGAGCCGUUCCUUUGUGAAAUAUGCGGGCAAGGAUUUAUAGCUAAAGCGAACGUGGAAAGCCAUCGGAAAAUACACAACAAAAAGUCCAAUUGCAAUUAUAACUGCAAAGAGUGUGAUAAAACAUUCCCUUCACAGUACAAACUCAAUUAUCAUUUCGAAAAAGUCCAUACUCCAGCCAAAUUCAAGUGUCCUAAAUGUCCAGAAGUUCUAGGCAGCCAAUACUUGAAGAAACGUCAUUUGGCUUUCGUACAUGAUGUGAAAAGCGCGCAGUUUAAAUGUGACGAGUGUCAGAAGAUUUUCUCGUUGAAAAACAAGUUGCUUCAGCAUAAAUCACAGGUGCAUUUGAAAGAAAGAAACAUUGCCUGCGAAAUUUGUGGACACAAAGUGUUCAGUAAAGAUCUCUUGAAGCGGCAUAUGGUGAAGCAUGAUGAUUCUAGACCGUUUGAGUGUGAAUUCUGCAAGAAAACUUUUCAAAGAAAGAAGACCUUGGAGUACCACAGGAGGAUACAUACGAACGACAAGAGGUAUCAGUGCAAGGAGUGUGGGAGGUCGUUCGUGCAGUGGACGAGCCUCAAGCUGCAUAUGAGAGUGCAUUAUUCCAGUAAUAAUGAUACGUGGACUUAG